AUGCCAAAAGUUAAAAAACAAACGAGUCACACACAGAGUUUGGCUCACAGACGAUCAAGAGACAGUAUUUCAACGAGAGAAUCAGAAAAUUCGUCGACUGAAGAGGAAGAAAUAAUCAUUAAGCCAGAUGAGUUUAAUCGUAUUAAUUUCACAAAUGAAUCUACAAUAAAUGAUAUUACUGAUCUAUUUUCCUUUUGUAAACAAAUUAAUAGUCAGUUUAUCAGUGUUUUAUUAUAUAUGUCAUUACGUCAUCUUGGACAUUCUUGGAGAGAAGUUGAAGCAUUCUUAUCAAAAAUUGGUGGAAUGACAGCAAGAACGUCCCAUAAAUGGUCAAAUAUUGUGGUAAAUAAUGAUUUUGAUGAAUUUACCAAAGAUGAAAGACGUGGUAAAAGAGGUGAUUCAUUUUGGGAUCUUCAUCCAGAUUUAGAAUUAGAAGCAAAACAGUUUGUAUAUGAAGAAUGUUCAAAAAAAGAAGCAUCUUUCACGGCUGAAACGUUAGCAAGAUUUAUUGAUAAACGUUUCUAUGAAGUGAAUGACAUUAAAAAAGUUGAUCCAGGGAAAAAAUCCAGAACUCAUACAGCAGCUGAAUUUAGUGUGAAUGACUUUGGAAUGAAGCUUGGUACAAGAUGUCCUGUUGAUAAGAUCGAUUUUAUUGAUGAAAAAAAUCAAAAAAGAACAAUUGAGUGUUAUGCCGAUGACGGAAAUAGUAAAGGUUUACUGGCUCUGACAUAUGAAUUGAAUGUUUUUGUUCCCCAAAAAAUUGAAAUCUCAAAGAAUUGA